CUUAAAAACAAAUUUUUGCAAAGUUAAGUUGAUUAACUACGGAGCAACGAUAACCUCUAUUUGUGUACCUGAUAACAAAGAAAACUACUCUGACAUCGUCCUAGGACAUGAUAAUUUAAGAGAAUAUGAAAACUGCAAUGCUUAUUUUGGGACUGUAUGUGGAAGAGUAGCCAACAGAAUAAGGAAAGGUCAAUUCUUGUUGGACGGAAAAUCUUACAAACUUUCUAUGAACAUACCUGACGGGCAUCUCCAUGGAGGAAUUGUUGGCUUUAAUAAAAAGUGUUGGAAUUUUUUUGAAACAGAGAACAAUUCUAUCGAAUUUAAUCUGUGCAGUCCAGAAGGAGACGAAGGUUAUCCAGGCUCCCUAAAUGUCUCCGUGAAAUAUUCGCUAGAAGAUGUUUCUGUUAACGAUUCAGAAAUAAAAUCAUUUCUGAAAAUUCUUUUUGUUGCAAAAUCAUCUUUACCUACAAUUGUCAAUUUAACAAACCAUACAUAUUUCAAUUUGGGUGGAAAUACUUCGGGGUCGAUAAAUGAUCAUCUUUUUCAGUUCCCAGGUGCCUUUUACACUCCACUCGAUUCUAAUAUGUUACCAACAGGUCAGAUGCUGAAAAACUGUUUUUAGGUGAAGUCAGAAGUGUCAUAGACACUCCAUAUGAUUUUAGAAUCCCAACAAUCUUUUCUAAGGCAUUUUCUUUGAAUAAAUGGAGGGGAUUUGACAUAAACUAUUGCUAUGGAUCUCCCGGUUACAUG